CCCCUUUCAACUUUCUGUACCUGACAUGCUGAUGCAAAAUUUGUCUUUAAACAUACCAGACAUUUUGCAUUUUCACUUCCACCGAGUCUAUCUCUCUCUUUCCCUCUUCACAAGUAUGUGAAGAUUCUUCGCCACUAUUUUGCUCUGCAAUUCAAUGCCACAGGUUCUCUACUGUCUGUGAAAUUUUCCAAGAAGCACCCUUUCCAAGGUUGUCUUCAAAGCCUAUUAUUAUUACAGUGAAUAUUAUUUAAACAUGGUGGCCAAAAUCAGGCAAAGUUCUGAUAACUCUCCGAAUCCUAAAAAACCAGUGGUUGGGGAGAUUGACACCAGUCCACCUUUUCAAUCUGUUAAAGAUGCGGUUUCUCUGUUUGGUGAAGGUGCUUUGUCUGGUGAAAAACCUGUCAUUAAGAAGGCAAAACCUUAUUUUGCUCAGAGUAUUUGGGCAAAGGAAUCACAACUUCACCUAGCCCGGAAAGAGCUGCAAAAGUUACAGGAACAGUUAAAGAAUGCAGAAACUACCAAGGCUCAAGUCCUGGUGGAGCUUGAAAAGGCCAAAAGAGUGGUUGAGGAUCUCUCACAAAAGCUUGAAGUUCUCAUCAAAUCAAGAGAAUCAGCAAUACAAUCAACAGAUGUUUCCAAAAGUCGAGCAGAACAGCUUAAAGAAGAAAAGUGUGGUGAUCUUGAAGGAACCAAUGGUACUUGGAAAGAAGAGUUAGAAACUGCAGUUAAAAGUUAUGCCUCAGUCGUUACAGAACUUGAUGUUGCAAAGCAAGAACUGAGUAAAAUUCGGCAGGGGUAUGAUUUAUCCUUAGAGGCAAGAGUUUCUGCUUUCAAUCAAGCAGCAGAAGCGGAAGAUGCAAUGAAGGCCAACACCAAGAGAGCAUCGGAACUAUCUAAAGAAAUUUUGGCUGUAAUGGAAUCAAUUGAUCAAGUUAAUGCUCAAUCUGUCCAAGCACAUUUGCUGCAAGAAGAGACACCAACCGAGCAAAAUGUUCUGAGACAAUCAUAUGAAGCUGCCCUUAAAGAAUCCAAAAGGAAAUUGCUUGAUUUAAAGAAGGAAUUUAAUCCAGGGCUUACCAAAAAUGUAGAAUUGAAGCUGACUGAUACAAUGAAUGAGAUAAGUGUUCUGCAAGAACAGUUGGAAAAUAGAAAGAAAUCAGACUUGGAUUCUUUGAGGAGUGUCACUCUGGAUCUUGAUGAUGCUAAGGAAACACUGCAGAAAGUAGCAGGACAGGAAGACUCCCUCAGAACCAUGGUGGAAGCUCUUAGGAUUGAUCUGGAAAAUGUAAAAGGAGAACACACUGCAUUGAAAGAGAAAGAAUUCAAAACUGUUUCAGUUGUUGAGAAUCUGCGGGUAGAGCUCCAGAAAAGUGAGUCUGAACUUAAGGCCUACUUGGCAGAAGAAUCUAAAGCUAGAGGUGCAUCAGAGGAAAUGAUCUUCACAUUGAACCAGUUGUUGACUGAAACUGAAAAUGCAAGGAGGGAAACACAAGAUAUGAAGAAUGAGGCUGCAGAAUUGAAGAUGGAGGCUGUAGUCACUAAACUUGUUUUAGAAGAUGCUGAAAUAAAGCUCAAAGCAGCAUUGGAAGAAGUAGAAGUAGCAAAAACAGCUGAGGCAAAUGCUCUUGAACAGAUCAGGGUUUUAUCUGUGAGGACCAGUGAUUCUAGUUCAUCAACUUCUGAAUCUGGUGCAAGAAUCACAAUCUCAAGGGAGGAGUUUGAGUCCUUGGUUCAUAAGGCUGAGGGGUCUGAUAAAGUAGCAGAUAUCAAAGUGGAUGCUGCCAAAGCACAGGUGGAAGCUACAAAGGCGAGUGAAAGUGAAGUUCUAAAAAGGUUAGAAGAAACUCAAAAGGAAAUUGAAGAUAUGAAGAUUGAAACACAGGAAGUGUUGAAAAGGGCUGAGAUGGCUGAAGCAGCAAAGAGAGCAGUGCAGAAUGAGCUCAGAAAAUGGCGUGAAAGAGAGCAGAAGAAAGUAGCAGAAGCUGCUUCUAAAUUAUUGGCUGAAACACAGAAGACACCAGAAUUAUCUCCUCAACAACACUAUAGGAUUCAAAAGCAGAAUCCAGUGCCAAAGGUGGAGAUGAGAAAGUUAGAGAAAGGGAAGGUUUCAGUUUCAAAGAAAGUUCUGUUGCCUAACAUGAGUGGCAUAUUUCACAGGAAAAAGAGCCAUGUUGAAGGAGGAUCUUCUUCUUAGCUUCUGAAAUUUGUGAGAAACAUAAUGGUUUGUGUGAAAGUUGAGAUUGAUGCGAUCAGAUUUUUGUGAAGAUGGUGUGAGGGAAAAGAAUUUCGAAGUGUCAAUAGUUUGGUCAUAAGUAUUUGAUUAAUGUAACUUGCCUAGUAAAUUAUUGUAUAUUGCUACCUAAUGUCUGAGUAGUAUGAUGAACACUGUUCUAUUCUAUGGCAAGCAUUAUAGUGAUUAUAAUAACUAUUAAAAAA